GCCUUUACUAGGGAGACCACUCCUGUGCGAAGGUCGUCCUUGCCUGCUUGCUUCCAGCUAAGUUAGCGGGUCCGCAGCCGCUUAGCAUAGAGUUUACAGCCAAGUUUAGCUGGUGUGUCCGUCUCGGGGUCGUGCUGGCGUUUAGACGUCCAGCCACGCGUUUAUUGACGUUUUAGUGACCAUAUCGAUUCGUUAUAGCUCGCUUCAUUGGCUUGUCGGACAGAGUUAGCCGCCAUGCUAGCGCGCAAGCUAACGAGGCAGUGAGGGUCCUGGGAUGGCGGUGUGUGCUCUGUCCAUGUUUGAUGGGGUUGGGGACGAGGCCACAGCGGUGGGUGGUGUGGUCAUCCUGGUCCUGGCCCUUGUCCUGGCCUGGCUGUCCACCCACGUGGCUGACCGCGGGGACCACAUCCUGGGCACCAUCCUGACUGUGGGUGCCCACGCGUCCCUCAUCGGCCUAGGAGGCCACGACAGCUACGCGGGACCCCCAGCCAGCUCGGAGCCUGGAGAGCAGCAGAGCGAUGACUCGACAGAGGAGGACAAGCAGGAGGAGGAGGAGGAAGCCGGAGAGGACGGAUCAGAUGAAGGAACGGGAGAGGAGCUUCUAGACAUCCAGGGAGGGCGGAAGAAAGUGAGCCGUGGACGCGCCGAGGAUGAGGUGGGCGAGGAUGAGGGGACGGAGGAUGAAGAGGAUGAAAACACAAGCAUUACUGUGCGUCUCAAGUUUCUGAAUGAUACCGAGGAGCUGGCGGUGCUGAGGCCUCAAGAUACAGUGGGAAUGUUGAAAAGUAAGUACUUCUCUGGACGUGAGCGGCAGAUUAAGCUGAUUUAUCAGGGGCAGCUGCUGCAGGACCCGCGCCGCACGCUGCUCUCCCUCAACAUCACCCACAACAGCGUCCUCCACUGCCACAUCUCUCAGGCUCAGGCCCCAGCUUUGCAAGAGCGCGACCCAGACGAAGCACCCCGCCCUGGAACGGGCGCAGGUUUCAGCAGGGGUCUAAGCAGCGGCCUGCGCUCGGCCGCCCUGACCCUCAGCACCGGCAGCCUGGUUGUGCCCGUGUUCGUGGUGCUGCUGGCCGUGGUCUGGUACUUCCGCAUCAAUUACCGGCAACUUUUCACCGCGCCGGCCACCGUCUCUCUCGUGGGAGUCACUGUCUUCUUCAGCUUCCUCAUCUUCGGCAUGCACAGCCGGUGAGGCCACAGACAGACAAACGGACAGUCGGACAGUCGGAUAGAAUAAAGAAGAGACCAGAAUGGACGAAAGGUGCCAAUUUGACGGGAGAACUGAGUAGUAUUAGGUGGAAAAAGAGCAGUAGAUGCGUUCAGUACAUAAGGAGUGGGAUAGCAGACAGUGUACUCAGGGAGCCUCAAGGCUUCUGGUGCCAUUUAGUUGACUGGAAUGGUGUGUGUGAGAGAGAGUGUGUGUGUGUGUAUGUGUUCCCGGAUUUACUUGUGGUAACGAUGCUGUAAUUAUGCUUUUGAAUCAUAUAACCUUUGUAAUAAUUUAAUCUCAAAUUGAGGCCUAGUUUGUCCUCAGUUAUAUUAGGGCUCUUACUGGCCUUUCCACGGAUAUGACAUUAAUAUUGCUUUAAUGGUCAGUAGGUCUUGUUUCGUUUUAGUUACAUCUCCACAGACUCCUCAGCACUCAUGCUGUCAUGAGAAGGCACACAAAUAGAAAUAAAACAUUGUUGUGCAGAUUUCAUUUUAUUAACAACCAUCUUAUUAUCAAAUGAAUGUAAUUCAGAUUGUGUUGUGUUGGGCUCCAGGAGAUCAUUUAAGAUUCAUAUUUAUUCAAAUAGCUUUUUUCCUUUGUUCACAUUUCAUAGCUUUCCCUGUUUUUUAUUUUCUCUGAGGUCAUACUGUGUGUGACAGCUAAAUAUAGCUAACAUGUUUCUGUCCUUUGCUCUCAUGAAAAAAGACAGGGUUACCAUGUUAACAAGUGCUAAAAAAAGAAAAGCAAAGUCAUGUAAAUAAAAGGAGUAUUUUCUGUACAAUGUCACAUGGGUGGAUAUAAACCUCGCAAAAAUGACAUUUUGUAGUUUUGCCACAGGGGUGUUACGAGCUUUGUCUGUAAACCUUCUUGUGUGUCAUACUUGUCAGGUUUGAAAGAUGAGAGUUGGUAAACAGGCCAGUAAAAUAAGUCGUUCUCUCA